CCCAAACAAACGCUACCCGGGGAAGGGUAACUUAUCUUGUUAAAUUAUUACGCUGCGCCAGUACAAUGUCCAAGGCAACACCAAAGAAAAAGGAGCCCACCUCCAGCAAAGUGUCUUUAUCCGAGCGACAGACAGAUGCGGUUUCCCUAGCAGCCACUUCCUCUGAGAGCCUAGGAGGAUGCAGAUUCCCCAUAUGGCCAGAGUGGAGUGACGCAGAAGUCAACAAAGCGAAAUGGGACUCAAGCAAAGGACCUGAAGAUGGAAAGACAAGCAAGAGUCCAAAUGCGCCAUUUUUUGAAGACCCCGAGGGAAAAAUUUCCUUGCCUUUAUCUUUGAAAGUGCACACCUGGAAGCGUGCUACAGAGUUGGUUGUCAACAAGGGUCUCACAGUUGUUGAAAAUCAAACAUCCUUCGACCUGAUCUCCUCCAAUGAUCACCUGACCUGCAGUGAGCUGAUGAGGUGGAUCAUCAGUGAGAUCUAUAUUGUUUGGACUCUGCACGGCAGCACAUCUACAGAUGGGGAUGGUUGGAGACCUUGGGAGCACAUCUACUCACUGUGUAAGGUCGUGAAAGGUCAUGUGCCACACUACAACAACUAUGGGAAGUACGCUGUCAAACUCUACUGGAUGGGUUGUUGGCGGAAGAUCACAGUAGAUGAUUCCUUGCCAUUUGAUGGAGAAAACAAGUUGCUUCUCCCUGCCUCCACCUGUCAGUCAGAGCUUUGGCCUAUGUUGUUGGCUAAGGCUCUCAUUAAAGUGGCCAACACAAAUGUAGUAUCAGAGCACCGUGGUGAGAUAGGGGAGUUCACCUUCAUCCACAUCCUUACCGGCUGGAUCCCAGAAAUCAGCCCUCUAAAGUCUAUGUAUGUGGGGGAAACCUGGGAAUUCUUACAAGACAGCAUCCCGAUAUUUACACAUCCAGAUGAGAGUGUACCGGAGGUGAAGCCUCAGACUGCAGAUCCAGCUGCAGGGAGAGAAUCCAGCCUUAAUGACAGCAGGAGUCCGUCGUUGCAUGAGCCAAAGAAAAGUGAAGGUACCCCUGAGGUAGUGGUGUGUGCCAGCUUUUACCCUGUCCAUCCACAUAAUAAUUCCUUUGGGUUUGGACAAAUGGCUAAUUCCUCAGAGUAUCUGCGUCAGUACGGUCUCUCCUUGCUGCACAGCCAUAUCGUCCUGUUGACCAGAACCCGAGCAUGCCAGCUGGAGGCACCGCCCAAACCUCCACCUGUGCCCCGAUGGAAACUCAUCCGCCAGCGCAAGGAGAUCGUGGUCUCCGAUGAACCACGGAAGCUUCCUUUGUCAAAACCAGAGUGGUGCAUAGAGGUUGCCAGCCCUUUUCUCUCCUACCGUGUCAAGAGCAGCGUUGGCCCGAUCCCGGAGCUAGAGGCCAAGCAGAGCGCUCAGAGGAGGCGUUCCCAUGGAUCCCUGCUGGUGUCUAUUGCUGAGAGAGAGGAGAGAGACCGCAAAGAAGUACUCGAGUCUAAUGCAGCUGAAUGCAUCUCUAUCCCGAACGGCACAACAGACGCAACAGAGGUUACUGCAGAGGACAAGAAGAAGGACAAUGAUGACAACUCAAAUGAUCACCCCAAAACUGCAGCAAAGGAGCAAGUUACUGAGGAACAUUCUGCUCCUCUGCUGAAAUCUGUCCUGCAGCAGACCUGGGUGGACCUAGAGGACUUUGCUAACUGCUUUCAGAAUCUCUUGGUCUUCCAUAAACCACAGAUCUAUCCACAUCAUGUCCAUAAAUUUCAUUUUAAGAGUACCGUCUUGCCCAAAACUGCGACAAGCCCCACCUGUAAUGAAUCUGCGCACUCUCUUACUACUGGGUCCCUCCAUGUGUCAUCUGCUGUAGCAAGACAUGAGUGUCUAGAGGUGAGAGGCACUCACUACCUGUGUGUGGACAGCCUGCAAACUACACAGAUCCUCGUCAGCUUCUGUCCUCUGCUCCUCUGGGGAGAGACAGCCGAGGAGAAAAAGGAAAUGACAGCUGCACGCAGGUCUGCAGUUCUUAUCGCUCAGCCGUACUCCUGGAUAAGCCUGCAGUCUCAGCUGCCACUUCUCACCAUCAAGUCUACGUCCUCGAAGGCAGCCAUGCUUAACUUACCCCCAGGGCGCCAUGUGUUGUCUUUCCAUACGAAGGCAGCACUGGGUUACCACAUUCACCUGUGCAGCAAAUCACCUUUUAUCUUUGGGGAUGAAGAAACCGUCAUGGCACAGCUUACUAAGGAAAGCUCUCGUUUCACUGAGCAGGCCUCUUGCAUCUUCAGGGCUCUGUGCAGAGUGGUGGCUUCCUUCAGCCAUGAGCAGGACCAGCCAGCCGCUCGACUAGCCCUGGAUGAGGCUCACCGCCCCCGAAACAUGGACACAAACCAAGCAAAACACCGAAAGGUGUUUAACUCUGCAGUUUACCACAUGCUGUGUGAGGCUAUGGGAAGAAAGCUGACAACAGAGGAGCACUUGGCUUCAGUGGCCCUCACAGCUGACCCUUUAGUGUUCACCACUGUCCCCAAAGAACACUCUACUUCAUAUGCAGAGCCUCCAGAAGGCUGGAGAGAAAGAGAGCCAACAGACAGGGAGGUGAAGGCAGUCAUCACUCUGCAGGCUGGAUUCAAAGGGCACUUGGUGAGAGAGGUCCUGAAUGCCUCAAAACCAGGCACAAAGAAGAACCUCCAAGCAUCUCAGAUUCUUUUAGACAUGUGGUCAAAGGUUGAGUCGGAUGCAGAAAAAUACGCUGCCUUCUUGCUAAGGUUUAUCAUUGAACAUUCUGAGAGGACAGCAGAGCUCUACCCCUGUCAGCAGGAUGAAUGGACCAGAAUCACCUUCACUGAUUACUCCGUCUCCCUUCAAGACACAGCAAACUCCUGGGUCUUAGUCUUCAGGGAGGUGUUCCUGGUCUCUGAGGAGAUGUUGUUGGUACCAAAGGUCUACUCGCCGAUCCCUAACAGUCUGAUGAUCGUCAUAAAUAACGACACAGGAGAGGAGCUGGACAUGGUUUUCAACAAAGUAGCAGUUCAGGUCUAUAAACCAAACAAGCUUGGUUAUACAUUUGUAGCAGAGGCCAUCAUACCUGAGUCACUCCCGGCUGGUGCCAAGUGGAGGAUGUGCCUGAUUGGCUAUGGGACUCUGCCAAAAAUGUCCCAUGAGACGCCCCUCAACACAUUUUCAGUGAAGGAAUUCAGGGAUUAUUACAUUCCCAAUGACAAAAAUCUCAUAUGUCGAUACCUUGUGGAUGUGACGGCAGAUGUUUUAGGAACGAUUCAGUUUCAGACUUCCAAGCCGGAUGUUUUGAUCCGUCUGUCCGUUCUGGACCAGGAGAAGGAGAUGAUCGGCAACACUGGGAGGGGCCACGUGGUUAUUCCUGUUUUCAACUUCCUGGCAAACGAAGCGGACAGUUGCAACGACGAGAAGAAGGGAUCCUCUUCCCAGGACAAGGGAGUGAAGGUGGCAGACACUUUCCAGCACAGAAACCGACAGGACAACACAGCUGGGAGAUCAAACUCGUCGUUGGACCAGCCUCAACCUCCCACGGAGACGACGGUUCACAAGUACGUGGUGCAAGCAGAGGUGCUUUAUAAGAGCUGGGAUUUGGAUGAAUCCCAAAUGGAGUUUGUCCAGUCACUCAUAGACAUGGAGAAGAAAGAAAUGAGAGGAUUCAGGCUUGAGGACUUGAAGCACACGUCCACCACUGACACCCCUGUCCAUGACAGGCACAAAUCCAAUACACCCAAAGCCAACCGCAAAGGAGAAGGUGACAAGGAGAAAGGGAAGCCAGCUGGCGUCUCAAAAUCUGGCUCCCGGCAGGAUGCUGUAAUGAGCCUUGACUUGACAAAGGCGAACUGGACGCUGCGUGUGGUCAGUGACAAAAACAAAGCAGAGAGCAUCAAGGUGACGAAGGACACAGAGAGACUAGAGGAGAUGAAAGCCAUUAAAAAAGCCUGGGAGAUGGCCGAACCUGGCCGUUGUGCCAAGGCUUUAAAGUCUCGUCUCACGUUUCUUAACAAACCGCAAGCAAACAACGAAACUCCCGUGGAUGAUGCAGAAAUCAGAGCUGCCUCUCUCACUCAGUCUGAUCUGGACUUGACCAAUACUUUCAGCUCCCUUCCUCCCAUGGACUUCACUCCCUUCAUCAGAUGCCAAAAAGAUGUGCCAGUGCUGAUGGAUCCACAGAUAGAAGAGUUUCAGCAGAGGGAGCGCUUUGAAAAGAUUCAGACGUACCGUUUGGUCCGAGACAAUGUGCUGGAGCACCGGAGACUGCAGGAGCUCAACAUGAAGGAGCUCAUGAGACGCCAGCUGGAGAUGUAUGAGAACAUGCAGGCAGCCUUGUGGCAGCGCUGUAAGAAAUUCCUUGAUUCUUGCGAUGCGUUCAGUAGCCGCCAGAUGGCGGCUUUAAAGAAGGAACAAAAAGAGGAAGAGGCUGUGGAGGGGGCCCAGCAGGCAGUUCUGGAAAAAACAACCCCAUCCUCUGCUGCUGCCCAGCAGCCAAAGAAACAAGCCAAGAGUGCUGGCAAGAAGAAAUGAUGGUCUUUGGCACUAACUUCCUGUCUCAAUAUCCUCCUCAGACACUUCUGAACAAGCCUGUUUGAACAGUGAGCAAUCUUCAUUUAAUCACAUCAUUGCAGCCAAGACUCGAUGAUGUAAUAUCUGACUAUCCCUGUACACAAUUUAAAGUGUUUUCAUGUCCUGCUCAUGUCCUCUAACUUUGAAGAAAUAAGAAAUGUAUGGACCUGCAAAGAUUGUUAACUGGUAAUUGCACUUUAAGUUUUAGUCAUUUUCUUUUCCCAAAGAUGUUCAUACUUUGUCUUUUUAUCAUCCUUACAAUCCAUAUUGAAUAAUAUUCUGACUGCACUCAUCUACAUUCUUUUCAUCUUGAC